GAUGUCAGGCAACCGGUAGAGUCGAACGAUUGCAGCAGCUCCGCAUCUAGUCGACGAUUUGAUGUGCUUACGUGACGAUCGGCCAUUUAUGUUGAAUUGAAAAAAAAAUGUCCGAAAACGAGAGCCAACUACCGGGUCGAAAUGACGACGGUGCCGCCGUAACAUCAGCAGCGUCUGACCGAGCCAAGACGGGAUUGGCCAAAAUCAAAGAAAAGUUUUUGCCUGGCGUAAGGAUAACGCUGCUCAUCUCUUUAAUCUUCUAUAUCGCCAUGUUUGUGAUCGGAAUUAUUGGCGUUCACAAUUGUCCUGUGAACGAGAACAUUCCGUUAUUCUUAAUCGCCACUGGCGGAAUUGGUUUAUUUUCAAAAUCCGUGAGCUUUAUUCGGGAAAAACUGAUGCCCCACUUUACUAUUCAAUUUGUGGAAUCGUCAUUAUACACGGCCGAAACAGUUUUCUUAAUUUUCGGUUCGUAUUGGGUGUUCAAAGUGUACAAACCGAGUUUCUACGAGGGCAGCAGCCGCUACUGCCAAAAAACCGUCUACAUGUUCGCAUUUAUUUACUUGGCCGUCCUGUACGCUUUGUUAUUGGCCAUUCUGCUCGGAUUUUUCUGUUUCCUCGGAUGCAUAUUUUUCGUUAAACGAACUGAAUCGGACAACAGAGACCCGGAAGCCCAGGCUCAUAUGCAGGGUGGUCCUCAGGAGAAUAAAGAACAUGGCGCGACCACCGAGCAGAAUUAGCGGAGCCUGAUGGAUUAAAAAUGAUCCUUUCGUGUGCCCGCGCGGUCGUCGAAAAACAAUGAGGUGUUUCGCCUGUUAUUCGCAAUGGACGGCAGUUUGUUAUUCGAAUUAAUUGGUCCGGCCGGCAUUACGCUGACGUAGGGUGCCGGUAAAUCGCGUUAAAAACAAAUGCGAAACAAUUUUAUUGUAACAUUUUGACACUUCAUUUUGAACGGUAAGUCGUGAAAAAAAAAGAGAUUUUUCCGCGUUUCGUUAGGAGGGCAAAUAACCCAUGAUAACAGGACAAUUGGAUAUAUUAUAAGUUUACAUUAUAUGUUUUCAAAAUAGUAUUUUUUUUUCUAAAAAUGAUAAAUACUUUAAUUAUAUAUUCACUGUUAGACACAAUUAAUAAGGUGGCAAUACUUAAUUUUGAUCUAUAUGGUGUUGAAGUUAUUUUAGAACAAAAAAAAAGGUUUUUAUUCCGUGCCUUUGUGGACGUCACUGGCGAAAGCAAAAAAUUACUACUAGUUGCGAAAUUUUAAGAAACCAUCAACGAACUUAUUUAAUUGUAAGUAUAAUAAGGAAUAGAAGAAUAGCAGUGUAAUUUUUUUUUCAAAAAUAUUCAGGUGGAAUUUAAUCGAAACCUAAGUCAGCUGUUUAUCGUCAAAAAUAAGCUUAAUUACAAAUAUUUUGCUAGAAAAAUGCUAUUUACACACAAAGAAUUCGCUCGAAACGGCUUUGUGACAAAAAAAUCGGGAUUUUUUAAUUAUAUGAACCGUUCGUAGACUGAAAUAGGGUUUAAGUUAGGUGCCUCGCUUAACUUGUUCGGCAUUUAGGAGUGUCAUACCAAACACAAUUUUUAUACGAAUAAUGCAUUGUAUUCUUUAUAUAAUGCAAGAGUUUAAUUUUUUACGCGCAUUUUUUUUGUAAAAUGUUUUUUACCCAAUUACUUUCAAUAAAUAUAUU